AUGGCCCCUGGGGGGCGCCCGCGCAGGCCGCCGCCGGGAGCGCCCACACGCAGCUGCGGCGUGCGGCCAGUGGGGGGCGCCGUCGGGGACGCGCACCGGAGCGCGGUGGAGAGGCGCGAUCGCCGCUACCGUGGGAUGGAGCCCUGCUGCGGGGUAUGGGGCCGCGGGCGGGGCCCACGGACGUCUGCCGCCACCCACGCCCGCGCCCUUUCGUUGCUGCUGCUGCUGCUGCUGCCGCGGCCCGCUGGUUGCUUAGGCUCAGAGCAAGCUCCGGGGGCCGACCCGGCCGACCCCGGGGUCCUUUGCUCUCCCAAGGCCACCUGUCCCUCAGACCUGCCUCGCCUUGCCCAGGAUUCCCCGACCACCGUCCCGACGCAGCCCCCUGUUUCUGAACCCGUCUUACAGCACUGCUCCCAGCCAGAGACCCUGGGGCUCUGCAGCACGGCUUUCAGGACCGGGCUGUGUGAAGCUUCCUGUGGUGUCUGCAGGGCCUGCGUGUACGAUGUUCUCGUGACCUGUGGCUUCUCCUACGAGCCGGACCCCACCCUCAGGUACCCAGAGGCCAUGGCUCGGCGGUGGCCAUGGAUGGUCAGUGUGCAGGCCAACGGCACACAUGUCUGCGCAGGCACCAUCAUUGCCUCCCAGUGGGUGCUGACUGUGGCCCACUGCCUGAUCCAGCGUGAUGUUUCCUAUUCAGUGAGAGUGGGGAGUCCGUGGAUUGACCAGGUGACGCAGACUACGUCUGACAUCCCGGUGCUCCAGGUGAUUGUGAACAGCAGGUACCAGGAGCGGCGGUACUGGUCCUGGGUCGGCCAGCACAACAACAUCGGCCUCCUCAAGCUCAAGCGAAUGCUCCAGUACAACAAUUAUGUCUGGCCAAUCUGCCUGCCUGGCUUGGACUAUGUGCUGAAGGACAAUUCCGUCUGCACUGUGACGGGCUGGGGACUUCCCAAGGCUGAUGGCGUGUGGCCCCAGUUCCGGACCAUUCAGGAGAAGGAAGUCACCAUCAUGAACAGCAAGGAAUGUGACGACUUCUACCACAGUUUCUCCAAAAUCCCUUCCCUGGUUCAGAUCAUCAACUCCAAGAUGAUUUGUGCAAAGGAUGUCAGCAGGGAAGAGUUCUGCUAUGAGGUGUCUGGGGAGCCUUUGGUCUGCUCCAUGGAGGGCACGUGGUACCUGGUGGGAAUGGUCAGCUGGGGCGCAGGCUGCCAGAAGAGCCAGGCCCCUCCCAUCUACCUGUACAUCUCCUCCUACCAACACUGGAUCUGGGACCGUCUCAGCGGGCAGCCCCUGGCCAUGCUGGCCCCAUCCAGGGCCCUGCUUCUGGUGCUACCGCUGCCCCUCAGCCUCCUUGCUGCUCUCUGACACUCUCUGCUCCCUCCCUGGUGUGUCCUCCCUCACCAGGACCCCUUGCCCU